ACCAGAACCAAAUACGUUUGACCAGAAUAGUUUUUGUUUUUUUGUGCAGUGUUUUUAAAGUGUUUGAAAAAAUAACUCAGUAGUGAUAAUAUUUCGCAUUAACAUCUUUUAAUGAUUUUAUAAAAGUAUAUCAAUUGUGUAACAUAUUAUAUACUUGUUUUACAAAAUUACGACGCAAUAAAAAUCGCACUAAUUAGUGAACUGCUUUGUGUGCUUUAAAAACAUUCUUUUGUGAUGGAGGAAGAUCACGAAGAACUUUUGCAGUGUACUGAUGACGAAUCUUUAUCUGAAACAGAAGAACAAUGCUGUCCUAUGCAAAAGUCUGAAGAGCAUUAUUUGCCACCCUUAACAUUUUUUGUUCAUACAAAAUUGAAAUUCUUCAGUUACCUUGUUUUGCUUAUACUUUCAACAUUUUGCCUUUUAAUUGUUGUUCCUCUUUAUACUAGUUCAAUUAAUGCGAAAGGAAAUAUUUAUUCCAUUCUUAUAAUAAAUACCUUAUAUACUUGCUGUAUACAUUUAGUAAUAUUCGGAAUUCUAAGUGUAAUAAGUGAAAAGUAUAAAUAUACUAAGUUUUUCAAAAUUCCUAUUAAAUUUUGGGAGUUAAUUAAACUUUCUGGAAUUUAUUUGCUUUGUGGAUUAAUAUACUUUUAUGCCACUGAUAGAAAUAAAGUUGUAUGUCAUUUACAAGAUCCUCUGAAAGGCAUUAUUGUAGUAUUUUCUCUGCUGUACUACUUUUUCUUUUGUAGAAAUUUGAUGGGCCUUCAUAGAAUAUUUUCAACUACUGCAGUAAUAGUUGGUCUAUUUGUGGCAAUUGAUUAUGGAUUAUGUGAUGAAUUUGUUUGCAGAGGGUAUGAUAGAAAACAAGCUUUUGAUGAUUCAGGUCCAUGGUCUUGGAAAGUACACAGUAUAUGGACAGGAAUAUACAUUUCUGGACUGACAUCGUUUGCUGCAUAUUUUACAUUGCUAGAUAGACACGUUAUGCCUGAAAAUGAUAUGAUGUCUCAUAAUCUAAUCUCAAAUUGUUUUGUGAACACAAUAUCGAGAUCAGUGACUACAUCAACUUCAAAUUUAGUUUCUGCAAAAACUGAAGAAAUCCAAAGUAAAGUAAAUGUUCAGUUACCUAAAUGUAAAUCCGCUUUGCAGUUGUCAUUUUGGAUACACAUAUUUGUUUUUGGUUUAAUGUUGCUUACAUUUUGGAUUGAUUUUAUACCUGGUGUUGGAAAGGGUAACACACCAGCUGAAUCUUGGAAUUAUACAUUGAAUGGUCUCAUGUGCCACGUUGCUAAGCCAAACACUGAAAAUUGUGGUAAUGUCUUUUGGUACAUGAUAGCAUUUCAGAUUGCCUAUGCAAUAUUUGCUCUAUCGUCCGUCAAAUUUUUAAUGCUGUCCCAAUCAGCUGUUUUUACAGUUGCAGCUAUGUCUUGUGCUUUGCCCUUGAUUGGUAUUUGGUGGUCGAUGUUUUAUGCCACGCCAAAUGGUAUUUUGGUGUGGUCUCCGAAAAUAAGAGGUGAAUUUGUAUGUUCCAUCAUUGGGAUACCAAUAGUAAGUAUCGGAUUGGGAUUACUAUGUAAGGCGCAUUUUGAAGAUUAUCGCAGGUUUAUAACAGGUCGUAUGACAACUAGAAGUCAGUUGCCAUAAAUUAUUUUUCUAAUUUUGCAUUUCCGAGAUUCUGUUCAUAUAUCUUCACCUAUUAUAUAGAGAAAUUAUUAAUU